AUAUUUAUAUUAUCAAUAGCAUAGGCUUCCAAUCAUGUCAAACAUUAAUGCUCUUCAUUGCAUUGGUUUUUCCACUUCAUCACAUGCCAAUCCCACAAUUAUAUAAACCUUAACCUUUGUAGCUUCUCUCACUCUCUCCAAGUAAUACUCAUUGCACUUCUUUUGAAUCUUUUCCUCUGUUCUUAUAUGAUCUCUCUCUCUCUCUCUCUUUCUCUAUCUAAUUAAUAUCUAUAUAUCAUUCAUCAACAAGUAGUUAAAAUUCCAAGAACUAUGAAGACAAGGUUUCUUAGAGGGUGCCUUAACAAGUGCAAGAAAAUGGGAAGCAAAGUGAUACCUUGUACUACUAUGUCUGAAGCUUGCGACCAAUGUUACCUUAAAAAAUACACUAACUUGUGGCCUUCUUCUUCUAAUUCAUUGGAUAAGAGAUGCUCCAUUCCAAAUGAUGUUCCAAAGGGUCACUUGGUAGUGUAUGUUGGAGAAGAACACAAGAGAUUUGUGAUCAAAGUUGCAUUGCUUCACCAUCCACUCUUUAGGGCCUUGUUGGAUCAAGCUCAAGAAGAGUAUGAUUUCAUUGCCGAUUCCAAACUAUGCAUUCCUUGUGAUGAACACAUCUUCCUCAGUGUUCUUCGCUGUGCAAGUUCUCCACAGAAUGAUCGUGUGUGUUUCUGUCUUUAUCUCUGAGAGUAGUAGUCUUAUAUGAACAUAUAUAAUUUUUGUAUACAUAUAUCUGUUCAAUCUAAUAAAUUCUAGGAAAAUAAUUUAUUAUGUAUAAAUAAGUGACAAUCUCAAUUACAUUAGUGGGAAGAAUAUGACAAAUUAUGUGUUAAUAAUG